CUCGAGUCCACGUGGCAAUCGAUAGCUCCCCCUUCGUCGUUGUCGUUGCCUUGAAGAAGAAAAUUUAGAAUUGAAGAACUGAACGCAUAGACUGGGCACUUUCUAGAGAGAGAAAAGUAGUAUGUGUGGAGAGAGAGAGAGGGUUUGGAGUGAGAGGGCGAGAGAGAGGUGCUAGGAGAGGGGGUUGAUUGAUGGUGAGUAUCUGUUUCUAGGGAAAAUUUUGGUGUUGGGAGGAGGAAGAUGUACGUAGGAGGUUCAAUGCGAAAGUCAUUCAAGGAUUCUCUUAAAGUUCUUGAAGCCGAUAUUCAGCACGCUAAUACUCUGGCAUCAGAUUUCCCAAGAGAAUAUGAUGGUGCCUGCCUACAGAUGAGAAUGUCCUACAGUCCAGCUGCACACCUGUUCCUGUUUCUAGUACAAUGGACAGACUGCCACCUUGCUGGUGCUCUUGGACUGUUGAGAAUCCUAAUUUACAAGGUUUAUGUGGAUGGCACCACAACCAUGUCUACCCACGAGAGAAAAGCAAGCGUCAGAGAAUUCUAUGCUGUCAUUUAUCCCUCCUUACAACAACUUGAAAGAGGUGUGAGUGAUACAGAAGAUAAAAGGCAAAAGGCAGUAUGCAUGGAAAGGUACAGAAGAAGAGAUGAUGAGGAACACAGGCACUGUUCGGAUGUAGAUAUUGAAAGGGAAGAAGAAUGUGGAAUUUGCAUGGAGAUGAACAGUAAGAUUGUGUUGCCCAACUGCAACCAUGCCAUGUGCUUGAAAUGCUACCGUGAUUGGUGUUUGAGAUCACAAUCAUGUCCCUUUUGCCGUGACAGUCUGAAGCGAGUGAACUCUGGUGACCUCUGGGUAUUUGUGGACAGUAGGGAUGUUAUCGAUAUGGCUACAGUAACAAGGGAGAAUCUCAGAAGGCUGUUCAUGUAUAUAGAUAAGUUGCCUUUAAUCGUUCCCCAAAUGCUUUUUGACACCUACGACAGUCAUAUAAGAUAGGCAACUGCUAUUGUCUGGAUGAGUGAUUUCUCAUGGCCUUAAACAGUAAUUACCCUUUUCUUUUGAUGACAUAAGGACCGAAAAUGGAUUUGGUCAAAUUGGUUUUAGAAAUGCAGUGGUUUAAAUCCACUGUUCAUUAAUAGAACCCGGCCUAAGUUAUUGUGGGUACUGGGGUUGUGGCUGAGGUAGUUAACCAAGAUGGGUUUUAAAUUGUAAUUCUAAAAAAAAUAAAAUUGUACAUGCUUGUACAGCUUGAGAGUUUGCUUAUAGGAGCUUUAGAGGUUCCCCAUUCCUUUAAUGUCAACUGAAUUAUUAUCUAAAGUUUAUGAACUUCUGUUGUCAUAUGUUCAAUCGGUUCUUUGUAUAUGCUAUAAAGUUUGCUUAAGUGAUCUGGUUGCAGUGGUA